UCUUAUAUCGCUAAAUGCCAAAGAAAAAUCGACUUGUUUCUUUUGGUAGACAAAAAGAAUAGACAAUACCUAAAUCUCCCUUCUAAAGGAAUAAAUCGUCAGAAUGUACCAGAUCCUUAGACGAUUUGUCGUCUGUUCUACUCUCUGUGUGUUCCUGACCCCCGGGGAAUUUUACACACAGGCGAACGAAGGAGUCAGCAGAUUGAGUCUAGGUCGCGACCACGCUUAUGACGGUGUGGCGUCAGUGAACACGCAAUAUUAUGUUAAAAAUUUGCAAGAAACUAAUUUUGUGACGUGUGCUCGAAAUUGCCUGUUACAUUCACAUGAUUGUGCUGCCCUUCUGUACAGUGAAACCCUGUUAUACUGCAGCCUCCUAAAGUGUCACCUCAACGAUAAACUGGUCAUCAACAACACAGAGGGAGACGAUUGGGAAUACUGGAGAAACAGCCAGGCUUGUGAAGAAGGUUGGGUGCCCUUCGCCGGACAUUGCUAUUUCUUCAACGAAACCAAAUCAACUUGGGACGAUGCUGCGGAGUUCUGUGAUCGUCAGGGAGGGUAUCUCAUCGAAAUGAAUUCCCCAGAAGAAAACUCUUGGGUCGUCGAUUAUUCCCUUCUACCUGAAACCGGGGCCGAAGAAGAGUGUCCAUUAUUUUGGAGUUGUUCUAUAUGGAUUGGCGCAAUUUACCACUCAUCUUCCGGAGAAUUUGUGUGGAAUCAUGGCGGAGGUGAGAUGACGAUACCCGAAUGGAAUGAGAACCAACCUAACAACGCUAGCGGAAACCAGGAAUGCGUCAUCCUCAUGCGGUCUGGCACAGCUAACGAUAUGCCACGCAGUUAUACGUUCCAGUUUCUUUGUGAGAAGGAUUAAGGGACUAGGAAAAGAUUACGUCAUCAAAUGACUGCUGUUUUCCGUAAUCAAUGUUGUUAUCUGCACAUGGAUUGGCUAUUCCUGACGAUAAUGAGCUAUUUCUUAUCAUUAUGUUAUCUGGCAACGGAUUGGCUAUCCUUAAGAUGAUGUAAUAAUAUGCAUGUAUGUAACCUCUAUGUAAAAACACAUCUAUUAUUUAAAGUUUCAAAAUUUAUUUUUAGUCCGAAUAUCAACAAAUUUUAUAAACAUGAAUUUCACAAAGAUGUGAAUUUAACAAACAUAUUAAUAGAAGGGUUCACUAGCAAAAAGUUAAGAAACGCAUUUUCACAAAUAAGUUUGGUAGAAUAUUCUUAAACAAACUCACAUUUGUCUCAACUUUGACAGAUCCUUCUACUUCGGUAUAAAUUGACCAAUAAAAAUAAACUACAGAAAGUUUGAAAAUUCAAGGGAAAGUUUUAUAACAUUAAUUUACAGAGUAAAAAGAGUGAGAGAUAAGCAUAACCAAAUCAAAGAAAAUAGACUCCUAAAAUCUUACCUUGAAUUUUAUACAUUGUAAAAACCAAUUACCACUAACAUAGUGAAACAGGAAAGAGGUGUCAAAGAUGAUAAUCCCAUACACGUUUGAAAAUGCUCUCCCUCGAGAUCAAACAUGAAGUAAAACAAUUAAUGUUCAUCUGUGGAUUUGUACAUACUUAAUCCAAAAAGUAUGGAAUAAAUUCACGUUCCUUCAAUAUUGUCUUGAAUUUUGGAGAAUUCACAAUUUUGGCACUUCGUUUUGUUUUAAGAUAUUAAGCUUAAUAUUUUGAUCGCACAAUGAUGGGGUACUAAUCGAGUUAUAUAUAAGACCCAUGCUCAUUGACUUACCUUCACGAGAGAUUCGGCCCUUCCACAACCUUGGUGCACAGCAGACAAAGUACAAACGCUUUUAUAGAUCUAACUUACUUUCAGUUACAUGUAUGGAUCUACACUUAAACAUUUUUAAGAAUUUUCAUUUACAGUUGAAGGUACAGUUCUGUAUAAACUGAGAGUCGUGACUUGAGUUCCACAUCAAGUUCCAUAUCAAGCGCAUAUUAUCAGUAUAUACCCAUCAAAGUUUCGUUUUGUAUUUUGUUGUUUUGUGGUUUUGUUUGAUACUGUUGAUUUCAAGAUUGUGAUCCGAUUGUUCGGUGUUUUUGUUAAUUUGAAUUUAUCAUGUUAUAAAUGUGGAUUGAAAAACACAGAAAGGGGUAUUUAGUUAAUCAUUACUACAGUAACUUGAUCCUAUGAGUCGAAUCACGCCGAGUUGACGGGCGCGGAUCAUCAGAACGAGUUACAGGCGCAGAUCAUCAGAACGAGUUGGUGUAGUGAUAAUACAUACUGUGUAAUCAUUUUAAUUCGUGAAGCCCAAUGUUCGUUGGGACUUAAUUUCGUGGGUAAGCGAUACGAUGUCACUAGGAAAAAUAACUCUACUUGGUUUCAAAAAUGUUCGAUGACACGUAAAUUCGUGGGUAAGAGUGAUCGACAAAAUCCACAAACAUUAAUUCCUCCCGAACAUUGAUGAUUUCACAGUAUUCAUAAUGUCACUUUACAUUUGGCAUACUGUUAGCAUGAUUACAUAACCUAGACUUUGAAAUAUCAUAGAAGAAUUGUCCACAUACAGUGACGCGCUUAAAUUGGACAGUUAUUUCCCUUGACAGUGUAGUUGUUUGUUAAUCUUAAGGGACAUUUACAUUAUUCCAAGUAAUUGUAUAGAUUGUGUGUGGUUGGUGUUUGUGUUAUGAUAUCAACAUUCAAUAUAAAAGACAAUUCUAUAGAAUGAGUAUAAACUAGAUGUAGUCAUCUCUAUGGAUAUACAUUUCUUACUAUGGUGCAACGAAAUUUUGUGUUAUGAUAAACCGGUAACUGCCUCAUUUUUUCAGCACAUAACACAUUUAUCAUUGAUACCACUUGUUUAUCUAUAUACCAUCUAUUGUAUAAUGAGACUAUAUAUGACAAUUGUAUUAGAUACCAACUCGUACGUUGUGAGAACUUCUUUCCGAUCCUUUUGUAUAUAGAACACAUUAACAAUAACAAGCGUUCCAGUCAAAUAGAUCAAGUUUACUUUACCAAGCCCGAUUUCAUAUAUUUGUUCAUUAACAAAUUUAGUAAUAAUGUUUUCUCCUUGUAGUUCCAAUCAGUAAAGGGGGGGGGGGGGGGGCAUUAGGUUAACCACGCAGGCUGGUAUAUUUGUUUUCUCAUAGCAAAUGAUGAUAUGGUAUAAUUUUACUAAUAAAAACAUCAAUUCAACACAAACUUGCACACUUUCUAAACUCUUCUUAUAUUGAUAUACAUGGUCACGUCUUUUAUUUUUAAGGUUAAUUUCUUGGCUAACUUUUAUGAUACUCAAUAAAAUCAAUUUUCCUGUUUCA